AUGGCCAAUGAAACGGACGAGGAGCCCCUGACGCCCGAGGUCAAGGAAGACCCAGCUGAGCCCGGACAGCCUGUCAUGACUUCGCCAACCAACAAUUGGCACCUGUCAAAUCCUGACAAGGAAUCCAUCAGCGUCACUUUGCACGGGGCCAAGAACCUGCCCCCCACCCGCAAGGGCAACACCCCCAAUCCGUACGUCGUGAUCAAAACCAGCUCGGAUGAAGAGAACAAGCAGCCAGCGCAAGGGACGACGCACACGGCCACAGAGCCCUCGCACUCUCCCACGUGGGACGAGAAGGUGACCGUGGAAGUGGACUCCGCCAAGGCCGGAGAAGAAGACGUUUCCCUGACGAUCGCGGACAAAGACACCAAGGAAGUCUUGGCAAAAUACAACAUCCCUGUGAAGUAUCUGCGGCCCUUUCACCAUUACCAUUGCGCAUUGGGACUGCCUCGGAAGAAGGACCCACUUGGGACAACGCUGUUUGCAUCCAUCGUCCGUAAAGGGAGUCUCAUCCCAAGAUACGGAGGAGUGAAUUACACCGGUUUGGAGGUCUUCUUAAAAGGCAUCAACAAGCCUUUGGCACACCCUGAGGGCACUAUUGUUGCGACAGCCAGAAUCGUAAACAACCUCAAAGCUUAUGUAAAGGAGAUGAAGUCUCGGCCGUUUGAUGCCUCUCCUGUUCCACUGACUGUGGUCAACUUCCCAGAUCCCACAAUGGAGGAUUUCGACGUCCCACGAGUCAACAAUCAUGGCUAUCCUCAGCUUUCUAAACCGUCGGGAUCUCCAGAGCAACCGACGUGGGACUCGUCCUUCUUGUUCCAAGGAAGAGACGGAGCCACGGCCUUCUCCGACGACACCGCCUUGGUGAUCGAAUACUUCAAGUCACGCAUUUUCUAUGUCCUUUGGGUCAAUCCUACACAAACUCUGUCUCUAGUCCAGCUUUUGGAUCCAUGGUUCCGCCUGGGGUCUGGAGUGCUGUGCGAGUCCUACCGGCCCCCCUCUGCGUUUCAAGCUCUAGUGGGAGUGUCGGGCUCGGGAUGGGAUGCUCGGAGUUGGGGUCCAGACGAUGACGGCAAAACCGUGGACGGGCCUCACCAGCUUGGAAAGGCUGCCUUGCAGCAUGGGGUGAUGGCCGGCCGGCGAGGCUUCGGCAGCAUCUUUGUGGUGGCCAGCGGCAACGGAGGGCACCACAACGACAACUGCAACUACGACGGCUAUGCCAACUCCAUCUACACCGUCACCAUCGGAGCCGUGGACGAGAUGGGCUUCAUGCCUUUCUAUGCGGAGGAGUGCGCCUCCAUGCUGGCCGUGACCUUCAGCGGCGGGGACAAGCUCAUGAGGAGCAUCCAAACGAAACAGCGGGGGAUCAAUGCAAAGAGAGGCCGAUUUGGAACAGUUGUGAAUGCUCUGAAGCUCAGCUUGAUGCCCAAGGGAGGCCAGGGCCGGAAUCCACAGAGGCCAGGCCAGCCGCACCUCCCACAAGGCGAGUUGCCGCCCCACGAGGCUUUUUCUGCGAUCCUGCCGGAAAAGGAUUAUGACAGGCCAAUCGUGGAAGAAAUCCCAGAGGAGGAGCCGGACAACUACCGCCUGGCCUUGCAGAAGAUGGCCGACGACAUCAUCUCCCUCCGCCGCCACAUCGCCGACCUGGAGAACGAGAACAGCGCUCUGCGGCGCAACCUCACCGUGCACGAGGACGUGGGGCGGGCCCUCUUCCAGGACAUCGACCUGGACGCCAUGACCAAGGCCGAAAUCGUGGACCGGAUCUUGUCCCUCAAACAAAAGCUAUCUUCUGGAGCUCGGGAGAUGGCCAGGAUGAAGGACCGGGUGCAAAAGUUACAGAACGAGCUCAUUCGGAAAAACGACCGAGAAAAGGACCUCAUGAUGCUCCAGCGGGCCCACCAGCAGCAGCAGAUGGUGCUGAGGAAAUGCCAGGCCAAGAUGGCCAAGAUGCAAGCGCUGGAGGGUGCCGUGCGGCAGCAGGAGAAGGUGAUUGAGAGGAUGGAGCGGAUGUUGGAAGGGAGGAUGAAGGACCGGCUCAAAGGCACCGUCCACAUGUCAGACUUGACCCAAGGAGCAGGUGUGGGCGAUAACUGGUCCAAGGACCUCUACUCCACCUUGCUGAUGGAGAACACAAGGCUCCGGGAUGAACUUGGCAAGUCCUCCUUCAACUCGCCCAUCAUCCUGCAGCAGCAAGCCUUGCCGGAUGUGUUUUCUGCCAGCUCGGAAAAGCUCUCCCUGAUUUCAAAACUGGAAAAGGCCGAGGCACGCAUCCAAGCUUUGGAGUUCCAGUUGGAGGGAUCUGCCCGAAAGUGGGGACGGGAGAAGCAAGACUACAGCAAUCGGCUUCUAGAACAAGAUCUGGGAUUUGUCCACUCUCCAGCCUCUCUGAUACUCCAGGAUUACUUGCUGGACGAGAAGGAAGGGAGACGGGGUGAAGAUGAGAAGAUUCGCAAGGCCCAGACAGGGAUGGACAAGUAGUACGGUGCUUGGCUGGAUCCAAGGACAGAAGACUCGUUCAAAUCCCCUAAGACAUCUCAAGAAGCACCAGAGCCUCCACCCACUCCCAUAGCUCUGCAGGACCAGCGGCAUAUUUGACACACUAUGUUGGGACAUAUUGCAAAAUAUAUGGACACACACACACACCCCUUCCAAGGUUAUUAUAUGCCUCUUCCCCAAGAGGAAACAGAAUGCCUGCCUCCGUAUUAAAGACUUAACCCUUGUUUCUCUCCAUUUGAAAAGUUAAUGGAUUCCAGAUUUACUUGGAAAGAAGGAGACCAGAGUUGGGGAGGCGUUGGGAAGGGAGAGUAUCUUGGGGAACCAUUUGGGAGUAGAAGUAGUAGGCGUUGACACUUCCCUCCAAACAGGUUUAGUGCCUUCAUAGUUUGGACUGAAGUCCGAAGUAGAUUUGCUAGUAUCUCCAGUGUUUUGGAAACCACCACUGAAUAGAAUAGACCGGUAUGUCUAAACUCUCCCCUUCUAGGAGUCUGGGACAUCAGCUCUCAGACUUCCAAGGGAGCUGAGGCUUCUGGGGAAAGAAGUCCAAAACACCUGGAGAAGAUCACCAACAUCCACAUUUGCUGCAUUCUGUUGUAAAUGAAACCUAUGGCACUUCAGAUGUUGUCUAUACUAGUUCAACCAAACGUCAACACUACUAGGCAGUCGAUGUAGAGCAGUUCAUUAACAUCUGGAAAACUGUGGCAAAUGUUUUCUGGAUUAAUUACAAACGGAAUAGACCCAUUUAAUCAAAUGUUGAAUGCUAGGUCAACGCAUUGGUAAAUCUCCUUGAUUUCAGGCAGUGGUCCUCAAGCUUUGGACUCCAACUCCCAUAGAAGUUGGAGUCCAAAUGCUCAUGAAUUCUGAUCAACCAUCAGAAUUCCAAAAUGUUGGAAGAUUGAGAACCAGUGAUUGAAUGGGUCUAGUUGGAAGUAGAAAUAGAUGCAAAAGUCCCCCACAC